AUGGAAAUAGAUAGUCAUGAAGGGCCAUCGGUCACUAUUAGGGAAGCGGAAAAAGACCAUGUCAAUUUUAUAUUGAAGAAUGUCGACUUGGCUGUGGCAAACUCAAUGAGAAGAACCAUUAUAGCCGAAGUGCCAACACUAGCAAUAGAUUUGGUUGAAAUAGAUGUUAACACGUCGGUAUUGGCGGAUGAAUUCUUGUCCCAUAGAUUAGGAUUGAUUCCUUUAGUUAGUGAAGGAAUCGAUAACUUGACUUACUCACGAGAUUGUACGUGUGACAACUACUGUUCUAAAUGUUCUGUGACAUUACAAUUAAUAGCAAAUUGUGCUACCGAGUCCACCAUGAAUGUUUAUGCUUCAGAUUUGCAAAAGAUGUCUCAUAACGGCUCAAAAUUGGGUGAUCCAGUCAUCAGAGAUCCCCAAGCAAGAGGUCCAUUGAUUUGUAAAUUAAGAAAGCAUCAAGAAUUAUCACUUACGUGUAUUGCUAAGAAAGGAAUAGCCAAAGAGCACGCCAAAUGGUCUCCGACUGCGGCUAUAGGGUUUGAAUAUGAUCCUUGGAAUAAACUAAAACAUACCGACUAUUGGUAUGAAGUUGACGCCGAGGCAGAAUGGCCAAAAUCGAAAAACUGUGACUGGGAAGAAGCACCUGAUCCAGAGGCACCUUUUGAUUAUAAAGCAAAACCAUCGACUUACUAUUUUGAUGUGGAAACUGUUGGUAACUUGCCUCCAAAUGAAGUGAUUAUCAAGUCUAUAGAAACUUUGCAAACAAAAUUGGCAGCUAUUUCAAUUGAAUUAAAUAAGGAAGAUGUUGAAGUUAAUGAAGCUGCAGCUGGUGGGUUCACUAGUUAUGGUAGAACUGAGUAUGGCAGAACAGAAUAUGGUGGUGCUGAUGGAGGUCAAACUCCUGGUGGUAGAACACCAUAUGGUGACAGUGGUUUCGGUGGUGCUCAAUGGGGUUAA